AAGUCAGUUAAUAGCUGAAGAAGAAACACUAUGUCUAUGUUGCAGUGAAGGAUUAUUUGACCAACCUGUAUUUCUCCUUUUUAAAUCUAGCACUGAGCCGCCACUAAUUUUCAGAAGAAGGAUGGUUCAAGACAUCUUCAUUGCCAUCACACCAGAAAGUCCAUCAGAGAUGCCGCUUCUAAACAGUCCCAGAAACGUCACCAAUGCCACACUGGCCGCACUUCAGAGCCAUGCGCUCCAGAUGACUUUGCCAGCCCUCUUCAUACUCAUCUGCAGUAUCAGCAUUCCUCUCAAUUUAAUCUCCUUGUGGUACCUGGGUUGGUAUUCAAGGCCUUGGACUCCCACCAUUAUAUUUUGCAUUAAUUUAACCAUCUCAGAUUUGCUCUAUGGCUUCAUCCUCCCCUUCCAAAUAGUCUACCAUCUAAAGAAAAAUAAUUGGCCUUUCGGAGACAUCUUGUGUCAUGUUGUCACCGUUCUGUCAUAUGGGAACCUACACUGCUCUGUUUUAACUAUGAUGAGCCUUAGCAUAGAGCGUUAUGUAGGCAUUGUCCACCCUUUGUGCUACAAAGCAGUAAGACCAAUUAGGGCCUCUUUCCUGGUAUGCCUCAGCAUUUGGGCCCUGGUUUUACUGACACUCUUCCCUCUCAUGCAGCAUAAGCUCACCAUUCGUAUACAGCAGCUCCCUAUCAUCACCUGCUUUGAUGUUUUGCCAAAAGAAAUGUUUAACACCCAAGAAGAAUUUAUCGCUUACUUUGGAUCCAUGCUAUUUCUCUUCUUCUUCCUUCCCUUGAUCAUCAUGGGAUUUUGCUACAUCUCAAUCAUAUUAACACUUCUACAUUCAUCUUCCUCUCCAUUCAGAGAGACCAAGAGGCAGACUGUCUACUUCAUCAUAGUGUUGCUGCUCCUGAUUACUCUUUGUUACCUCCCUCACAUUGUCAUUUCAAUAGCCCAUUAUAUCCUCCUUUUCCAAAAUAAAUCAUUUUAUGUGGAAUACAAACUGUCACUUGCAACAGCCAGCUUCAAUUGCUGCUUUGACCCAUUCCUUUAUUACUUUGGUUCUAAAGAGUUCCGACGAAAAAUACAGAAUAAACUCUGCAGGUGUGUGGCAGUAGGUCUCAGUGAAAAUAGCCCUAUUUUUUCAGAGCAUGACAUGCAAAUCAUGCCAGUGCAACAGGCACCAAAGAUUUAGCAAUAAAUGUAUGUAUUGCAAUAAAUAAAAAAGAAAAACAUUAAUUUAACAAUUCAUACUGAUAAAUGUCCAUACUGAUGGAUCAGUUAUUAACAGAAAGGUUUGUUGAUGAGGAAUAGAAGCUUGUUGAUACCAUUAUCUCAGAACAUCAUGGAUUGCACUAACCAUCAAAGGGUACAGCAGGGUGAUUGGUAUACCAAGCUCCUACAGUACAUACAUUUUUAAAACUCAGGAUAGUUAGAAAAAGCUCUGUAUAGAUAGGCCUUACUAAAUUGUGUGAAGUAUACUUGGCAUAAGAUUGACAACUGUCAUAUGUCUGGUAUCAUUCAAAACAUGGACA